AUGCUCUCCUCCUCCAUCUUCGUCUACGCGCUGGCUCUUGUCGCCUCCGUCACUCCCCAACUGGCCCACGCCGUCCCUCUCACAGAUGGCCUAGCUCCCCGGGGACCGCAGUCCUUCUCUCUCCCAGACCUGACCAAGUACCUCAACCCUUCGGCGGGGAACAAGGCAGGCAGCGGCGCGGCAAGCAGCUGCCCGAGCACCGGGGGUGGCGACUUGACCCAAAAGACACUCUGCUCGACCGGUACAUCGUACUGCUGCGUCAGCGAGGCAAGAGGCAACACGUGCAUCGACGCCACAACCAAGUGCGACCAUACCGUUGUCUGCUGCAACAAUGCCAACGGGUCUCAGAUGUGCAUGGGCGACGUGAACUUCAACAUGCCCAUGGCCAUCAACAUGCCCAUAAACAUCAACAUCGGCGUUCCUAGCAAGAACAAAGACGGCAAGAUGCGCCGCUCGGGCAUCCAAGUCUUGCACCCUGAGGGAAGCUCAAAGGGCUCGCCGAUCAAUUCUGUGACCGGCCUGCCUGUAAGCGACCUCGUUCUGGACCUGUUAAAGACCACGCAGUGA